AUGCUGCAAGAGAAGAGUGUGGCUGAGAGUGAUGAGAGCUUUCCAGCAGCUCAAGUAGAUGGACACCAGGAACACAAUGUACAGUCUCCAGGGCAUGGAGCACCAGGAGCAAGCAGCAUGUCUCCAGGCAGCCCCCAGGGACAGGACCCUGACCAGAGCAUAGAGAACAUCAAGGUUUAUCUCCACGAGAAGGAACUUUGGAAGAAAUUUCAUGAAGCUGGAACAGAAAUGAUCAUCACAAAGGCGGGCAGGCGGAUGUUUCCAAGUUACAAGGUGAAAGUUACAGGGAUGAAUCCCAAGACAAAAUACAUUCUGCUGAUUGACAUUGUGCCUGCUGAUGACCAUCGUUAUAAGUUUUGUGACAACAAGUGGAUGGUGGCUGGAAAAGCAGAGCCUGCUAUGCCUGGGAGGCUAUAUGUACACCCAGACUCACCAGCAACAGGAGCACACUGGAUGCGGCAACUUGUCUCCUUUCAGAAGCUGAAACUGACUAACAAUCACUUGGAUCCAUUUGGACAUAUUAUUUUGAAUUCUAUGCACAAAUACCAACCAAGGCUCCACAUUGUAAAAGCAGAUGAAAAUAAUGCAUUUGGUUCAAAAAACACCGCCUUUUCCACCCAUGUAUUCACAGAGACGACAUUCAUUUCAGUCACAUCAUAUCAGAAUCAUAAGAUUACCCAGCUCAAAAUUGAAAACAACCCGUUUGCUAAAGGAUUCCGAGGGGGAGAUGACAGUGAUCUGCGCGUAUCUCGUUUACAGAGGGAAUAUCCGGUCAUUUCCAAAAGCAUCGUCCGGCAAAGACUGAUUUCGAAUCAUGGCCAGUUGACACCGAAAAUGGAAGGCAGUAUAGCGCAGGCUCAUCAGCAUUACCCGUACGACAGUUCCGGGCCCAUUCCGCUCAGCUCAUCCGGCGCCCAGGACCUGGCACUCAGUCCCUUCGCGGCGCAGAGAGACUCGGGGCUCAUUUACCACUGUUUUAAACCAAGAGAAGCCCAUGGUCAUCCAGAGCUGUCGUGUAAGCGACCUUUUCUAGAAGCCCCUACUUCCAUUGCUGAAGAACAUUAUUUUCGUCCGCCGCCAUAUGACCAACAGGUGAUGAGCCCAUCCUAUCGAAAUGAGGCCGAUCUAAGGGACGCCUGCAUGUUUUCCACUGCUGGAAGUGAUGUGCCUGGAGGAGCUGCUGCCGAGGAGCAUCCUCCUCAAACAUUAAACUGCAAUAUGUGGGCUUCAGUACCACCAUAUGGUAACUGCAGUGUUCAGACCAUGGAAACUGUUCCUUAUCAGCAUUUCUCAGCUCACUUCACCACCACAGCCAUGAUGCCCCACCUCUCUACCAUCCCAGGACAGAGCACACAGCCUCCCUGUGAUUCACAGUUCAGUGGCUAUCAUUCGCCACCUCAACACCAGGUUCGACAACGGGUACCCAUUUCUUCAUGUUCUCCACGGGACAGAAUUCCUCUCUCACCACACGAGAGAGUGCCACCUUCUCCUCACACUCAGAACACUCGGGAAUUCCUUUUCUCACAAAGCCUAUCUUUACCAAGGGAGCUACCUACCCAAUACCAUUCUGGUUUGGGGCCUGUGACAAACUGGACAGACAGUUGACUCAGACUGAUAUAACCAAGCGGUAUUAAUAAGAAGGAUGCAGAAACUGUUUUGGAUUUCUAAUGUUAGGCAGAUAGAUUUCACACUGCAAAAGCUUUGAAGUUGCCUCGAUACUAUCUCUCAAUUUGACUCUGCUAAACUAGAGAUAUUUUAUUAUUGACUUUCAGGAUAGUACUCCAAGAAUACUCCUGCUUUUCACUACUUUGUUUAGAUUAUGCAAUUCUUGCUCAAUGUUGAGGAGAUGUAAAAACAUUUUUUGCAAAGAUGCGUUGAGUAAACUUAAAAAUACAUAAUGGGCAAUGCUUCAGUACUCUCCUAUUGUGAAGUUCUAUGUGACUAGACUGGGAAGUCUAAACAUUCUGCACAUCCUUGUAUGGACAGCGCUAUUUUGGACAAGUAUUUUGUGCUUAUAUCCAAUAGUGGAAUAUAUAAAGAGCAGUAUCAUAUUUUAAAAUCAUCUAUCUAUGAAUAAUUUUUGAUGACUGUGAAUUCAGUGGCUGGAGCUGUAAUCAUUUUAAAAUUUUUCUUUCUCCGACCUAGCCCCUAUUCUGCUGGGGUUAUCUCCACCCAUCCCAUCUCCUAUUGCCUGCUCAUGUUGUGCUUCAUUCUGCAAAAAUUGCUGCCAGCUGUCUGCCAGUGCUGCACUGAACUGGCCCCAGGGAAAGCAAAAUCCUUCUUAAGAAAGCAACUUGCUUAUCAAUUAACUCUUCCUCAUUUGGGUCUGAGAUCACAUAAACCCAGAACUUUCUGUUGCUUGGCCCUGGUUGUUGUUUGUGGGGCCACCAGGAUCGCGGGGAAGAACCAAAGUCCUUGUGUUCUGUAAUGCAGUGUGACUGUGACUGAAUCCACUGCACUGUGAGAAGCACCAACUUGUAAUUAUUUUUUUUUUGUUAUUUAACCUUUGAAAAAGUGUCCAGUUACUGAAUAAUACCAAAUAUAUAUUUGUUUGCUUAAUUACCCAUGUAAACUAGCCAUUUUCAUGUGCAUAAUUUGACAUAACUAUACAGCCUUUUACAUGCAGUUUCUAAGAAAACUCACUUGCUUGCAAACUUGGGUAAUCAGUUGUUUGCAGUGUAAAACCUGUGUAAACAAUGAGGUGAGAUUCCAAUAUUGAUGCAGAGAACAUUGAGAAAAAGGAGUAUUUAUCAAACUUGCAUAAUCAGUGAACCAAUUUGGUAAAUAGUGGUUUACAAAUGUGAAGCACUUUUAGAUUAACUUUUCAGAAACACCAUCCUAAAUUCAGAUAAUAGCUGAAUCUUUGCAACAUUUUAUUAAGCCACACCAGUGCCUAACACCUUUGUGUUUCAACUGACGUUAUAGUUUAGUGCUUAACCCCGUAACAAUUCUGUACAGUCAGAUGUCAGUUAACUUUCCAACUGCUGACAUCCAUUAAACCUCUCAAUCAUGUUUUCAAAAGUUGCUUUUCAGUGCACGUUCUUCACAGUCUUUCUUCAACUAUUUUCUGAUACUAUGCAGUCUUCUAAGUAAGGAAAAUGUGAAAUGUACAGGCACUUUUGGGAGAAGGAAUAUUUUCCUGUAUGCUAGCAGUGGUGAAACUGUAAAUAGAUUGUUUAUAAAUUUGUUCCUCUAAACCCUGCACAAAAAUCAUUGUAAAACGUCCUUUCUUUGUGACUCAAUACAUUAUCUAAACGAAAAAGGUGGAUAAAUAACCUUCUGCUCGUGCAAUGAUCUCUGAAAGAAGGUACCACAAGAUGGAUGUGUUGGAUUCAAACUCAGUUCUUCCCUUCUCUCUUGUACAGAACUGGCCAAUAUCGCUUCAUAGUUUCUCUUACAAUUGUACAACAUUAUGAGACUACUGAAAGGGGACACCAUAGCAAUUGAUCCAUAUUCAAUCACUAAAAUAACAGCUUAAUUCGCUCCGCAAACAUUAAACUGACAUGAAAAGUACAAUUGCUGCGCAAUGCCAUGCAAGGUCAAGCCAAUAGUUUGCUGCCAAUUCUUCAAUCGUGCUCCUUGCACUGCACUGAUAGGAUGCUUCCAUAAAAUAGUUUCAUUGAGCUCUUCAUGCAUUCGGUACUGCACAGCAUGGUAAAAGAAUGAACUUGCAUUUUUAUAGUGCCUUUUCAUUCACUGUGAUGUACAACCAUAGUUUGAAAUUGAUUCAUUUUUUUGAAGCACAAUCAUUCUUGUUUUGUGGCCAAACUGACGGUUUGUACCAUGAGUAAGCCCAAAAAAAGGCAUCAAUAGGGAUACUGGUGCUGAAAUCUGCAAUUGUAUUUUGUCGCAUGAUAUUAAUUAAAAUGCCAAAAAUAUCAGUCUUAAUUUGCAAGUGGAAUGCUGCGCAGUACAGUGUUUCAUAUAGGUUUAAAAUACAGCUGCAAGAGAAUGUUGUGAACAAUAUUUUGAAAAUUAAAAUCACAAGGAUGUUUUCAGCAAUUGAUUGUUAAUAACUGCUUGUAUGUGUAGCUGAAAGGGCACAAUUACGUGUUAGUAGAAGAAAACAUAUUAAAGAAAAUAAAAUUAAAAUUGAUAAUCUUUAACCAUGAGCUGUUGAUAGGAAGCAAUUCAGUGUAUUAGUGAGGAUCAAUGAAUUUCUUACCUUUCCGUAAGUUAUAAAACGAACCAUUGGCAGUUCCAAUAGGUAACAUGCCCUAGGUAUUAUAGUAUUCCUACAAUGACUUACAUACCAUCAUUAUCUCACCAUCAUUUUCAACCUGAAAAUUACUUAUUGUUUCAUUAAAAUAUAUUAUUCUCAAACAUUUACAUUUAUAGGAGCAGUGUCAAACAAAAUUUGAUACUGGGCCAAGAGAUAUUAUUACAGGUGACCAAAAGCUUGGUCAAAGAGUGAAAUUUUAAGGAGUGUCUUAGAAAAGGAAAGAGGGGUAGAAAGGCAGAGAUGAUUAGAGGUAGAACUUUAGAGCUUAGAAAAUUGAAAUAAAUGUACAGCUAUCAAUGCUGGAGAAAUAAAAAUUAGAGAUAUGAGAGGGAACUACAGAAAUCACUGAGGAUUUAGUGCUGGAGAGAUUACAAACUUGGGAUGGUGGUGAGGUGAAACCAUGGAGUAAUUUGAAAACAAGGGUAGAAAUUUUAUAAUAAAUAACUGAAGCAUAUGCAAAUAAGUGUCAUAAUAAAAUCCUAAUAUGAUGCUGUGUUACUCUAUAUUGAUAUUUAUGAGAGAAAAACUAAACAUUUUCUGCUGGGGGUUAAAGACCAAAUUUUUUUGUUUUACAGUAUUCAAGUGAUUUGUUCAAAUGUGUGAACUCCUCUAAAUUAUUUUGUGCAGUUAUAUACACAUGGUAAUUUAAAAAAGUCAAAUUGGUGUGGCUGAAUAGCUCAGGAGGAUUGUUGGGAUUGUUAAUUUAAAAGCCUGCCAAAAUGUCAUACAUAUUAAUGAAAACAGGUUUAGAAUUACCAUUUCUUAAGUUCACACUUAAAAAAAGUACAGACGAGGGCUUCAAAAAUAGCAUUUUUUAACAUUUCCCUUUGAACACAUAGAUUCCACUUGGGCAAAUCUGAAUCCUCCCAUGUUAGUCAAUUGAAUCCUUGGUACUACAGACUUAAACAUUGCUAAAAUGACAUGAAGUUAAAGCUUUUCAUUUUGCAUUCAUCAGAACUGAAAUACAAGAAAACAACGUGGAAAUUAAACAUCAAAUUAUACAGCUUGGGAAGAGAUUGCUGUUGGUUGGACUAUGGUUAGGAUGAAGUUACUGCAAGGAUUGGUAGCUGUCCUAAUUAACUGAUUAAAUCAAAACCAGGCAACACAACUUGCAUUGGUCAAUCAAACUUCAUUAACCAAACAGCAGUCAGAAUGCAUUCAUAGGAAGCUCAGUAACUAUUGCAGGAAUAAAGGAAUAGUAGAAUAGGGUUAGAUGAAGAAGUGGAAGGAGAAAUGCGUGGAACAUUAACUGGCAUGGACCUAUAGGGAUGACUGAUUGGGUAAUUAGCAAUACUUUGUACAGCGAUAACUAUUACAUAUUGACAUUUGAGUGCUGGACAAGGCAGUGUAGUGUUAGCAGAAUCAACAUUCAGUUUUCAUGAGCAAUACAGUCAAACAAAUGAAGAAUUUGUUGCUCAAACAUUGCGCAUUUCCUAAAUGAAGCAGAACGUACACAGCAAUGAGACAACCUAUCCCAUUACAUUUAUUAUAUCUGCUUAAGAAACUACAUUUCUCCACCAAAUAAUGUAACAUUACAGUAAACAUCUGCUUCAAAUUAAAUUUAAGAAACAACGCAUUCUGAAAAUAAUAAUUCAAUAUGUUGUAUAUUCUCUGCCAUGGGUUUUACCUGUAAAUAGUCUGUUUACCUUAAAAUUUUUAAGGAGUCUGUCAACAAUAUUGACCAAAUAGAAGAAUAUGCUAUGCAGUAAUAAACAUUUUUUCUCAACACAUUAUAUUCAGCUUUAAAUAUGCAUAUAUAGGAUAUGUGCUGGGGGCAUAUUGUAUAUGAUGUAUUUUACAAGAAACUUGGUGGAAUAGUACAUUAACACAUUCAGAAAUAUGUUAUCAGAUCCAUGAGCUGUGUGAAUAUCAUAUUCAGCAAAUGCCCAACCUGCCUAUUUAUACCAGAGUCAGAUCGUUGCAUUAAAAAAACUUUUAAAAAAUUAUGACAGACUUAUCUGGUGGAUUAAUUGAGUGAUGACUUCCAUGGUUCAACUUUAAGGACUGUGCAGAAACCAUUUCAGCUGCAAAAUGUAGCCAAUAAAAUAUUAUUGUACAGUCACAAAUUGUUCUAAGCCAAUGGCAGAAAUGUGUUGGGAUCAGAACCCAAGCUGAGCACAUAAGUUAAAUUGUUUCCAGUUUCACACAUUGGUGAAGGGCUGUGUGGGACCAGAAAUUAAGUAUUAAUUUUCAAUUGAGAAAAAACAUUAAAUGUGACAAACUCAAUAUGAAGUGUUGUGAUUACAAUUCCAAUAUUCAAAUUAUGAACAGUUUGAUUCAACAAGAGUCUUGUUCAGUGGGUGCUAUAUCUUAUCAGAGACCAGGGCCACUAUUUUAACCAUAUUUUAUAUAUCCUAAAUGUAAGAACAUUGUAUUUUUUGAAUAACUCAGUGAACGACCAAUACUCAGAACAUUUGACUGUUUCCAAUAUUUGCACUCUGCACAAUUUAACCUCUUUAUGAUCUCAGUCAGAGAUGGAAAAAA